AUCCUACUAUGUAAAAUUAUUUCGGCUCCAGACACAAACAAUCCUAAUAGAGAUUAGCUAAAAGAAGGGAAAGGAAAGAAAGUUGGGUAGAGACCUAGAUAAGCAAGAAAAGAAAAUAGAAAAAAGAGACAAGAUAGGAUGACGAUGGACCCAGAUCAGCAUAGACUCCACGAUCUUGGAAGCAUGUGCUGAUGAGAUUUCUCAGGUUCAAUUUCUCGUCGCAAAUCGCCGUCCCCUCUCUCUGUCUCUGCUAACUAUGAUUCUACUCCACCACUCACCCUUCUAAUCUGACAAACAAUGAUCUAAUCUUUUCUCCACAUGCAACUGCCCAUACUUUGAUCGUUUGAUUCUUCGGCCUGCGUGGCUAAUCUUUCAAUCUCGUCUUUUAUUCCCCUCCCCUCAUCAUACAUUGGCUUCCUGCGGCACAGAUCCGAUUCUCCAGGUGAAUACCACCGUGCAUUUGGUGGAACAACAGAAAGCUACUACCUUUUGGUGGCUGCCUGCUCAAAAAGGACUCCAGUAUCAGUUGGGGCCUGUGAAUUAUGGUACUUUAUAAACCAUAUUGUGGAUCAGGAGGAGGCUGUGAAUGUAUAGGUGGCUCAAACUGUGCCAUGCUUUGAGUAGAAUUGUAAAGAGAGGGCAAUGGAAUUGGCAGAGCAACUAUACUCAGUUUUCAGGGGCUAUGCACCGCCUGUUUGGGCUUCAAUCAUCGCUGGAAUUUUUGUCACCGUCUCACUUUCUUUAUCUCUGUUCUUGCUGUUCAAUCAUCUGUCAGCCUACAAAAACCCAGAGGAGCAGAAGUUUCUUGUUGGUGUUAUUCUCAUGGUCCCUUGCUAUGCGGUUGAGUCGUACAUAUCAUUGGUGAAUCCAUCAAUUAGUGUUGAUAUUGAGAUUCUGCGAGAUGGCUACGAGGCAUUUGCUAUGUACUGUUUUGGGCGGUAUCUAGUUGCUUGCUUAGGUGGGGAAGAUAGGACGAUUGAAUUUCUGAAGAAGGAGGGCAGUUCAGGUUCUGAUGUACCACUUUUGGACCAUGAAACUGGACAACGAUUUGUCAACCAUCCUUUUCCAAUGAAUUACAUGUUGAAACCAUGGCCUCUAGGAGAAUGGUUUUAUUUGGUUAUUAAGUUCGGGCUUGUUCAAUAUGUGAUCAUAAAGACAAUCUGUGCUAUUCUUGCUGUGAUUCUUGAAUCCUUUGGAGUGUACUGUGAAGGAGAGUUUAAAUGGAACUGUGGGUACUCUUACACCGCUGUGGCUCUUAAUUUUAGUCAGUCAUGGGCCUUGUAUUGUCUGGUUCAGUUCUAUGCUGCCAUAAAGGAUGAGCUAGCCCAUAUAAAGCCUCUUGCGAAGUUUCUGACAUUCAAGUCGAUUGUCUUCUUAACAUGGUGGCAAGGUAUCGUGAUUGCAUUGCUGUACAAUUGGGGCUUGCUAAGAGGUCCUAUUGCUCAAGAGUUGCAGUUCAAGUCCAGUAUUCAGGACUUCAUUAUCUGCAUAGAGAUGGGCGUGGCUUCUAUUGUCCACCUGUAUGUUUUCCCUGCCAAGCCAUAUGAGCUGAUGGGUGAUCGUUUCAUCGGAGGGGUUUCAGUUCUUGGAGACUAUGCUUCAGUUGACUGUCCUCUAGAUCCAGAUGAAGUUAAGGAUAGUGAGCGCCCAACCAAGGUUAGGCUUUCCCAGCCACCUGAUCGUGUCAGAUGCUCCACUGCCAUAAAAGAAAGUGUUCGUGAUGUCGUACUUGGAGGAGGCGAAUAUAUUGUGAAUGACUUGAAGUUCACCGUUAAUCAUGCUGUGGAACCAAUCAAUGAAAAGCUGCACAAGAUAUCCCAGAACAUCAAAAAGCACGAGAAAGAAAAGAAGAAAACAAAUGAUGAUAGCUGCAUAAAUUCGCAUCAAACCUUGACCAGAGUAAUUAGCGGUAUUGACGAUCCACUCCUGAAUGGGAGCUUAAGUGAUAAUAGUUGUCAGAAGAAAGCACGGAAGCAUCGCCGGAAAUCUGGGUACACAAGCGCAGAGAGUGGAGGAGAGAGUAGCGAUCAUGGAUUAGGUGGGUAUGAAAUCCGAGGGCAUAGAUGGAUUACCAGGGAGUAAUUGCAUCUUUGUCUCCAGCGAGAAUUUUGCCCUGAAUCUUCCUUGGCUGCUAAAAUUCAGUAACCAGGAAAAUAGAUGACAAAACUCAGAUUUAGGUUCAGACCUAUAGGAUCUCUCUAUGAUGACACUGCAAUGCUGCAAAUUGAGCUAGCAGACGGUGUCCGGGUUAUUCAUGCCUUGUAAAGGACAGACUUUUCCACGAAAGUAUAUAAGAUUCUGAAUUGAGGAA